UAAAAAUGUCAAAUAGUGCAACUAUGUGUUGGUGCUAAUUCCAUUGUUUUUCCUUCUGGUUUUUGUAGACCAAAUGAUAAAUACACUUCAAGAGACAUGACAUCUGGUUUUCGUCUUAACCUCCAAAAUCUUAUUCUUCAAGAAUUUGCCAAAUUCUGAUUAGCAACUUAGCAAGGUUUCACUCUCUAUUAAGGAUAAUCUCCAUAAUUGAAUCCUUACAUUUGAACAUUUUAGUUUCGGAAGACUGAAGAGAUAGGAAAUGAAUGUUUCCUUGGGCAAUCCGACAUUUACUUUAGUGCAACUUGUUAAUAAUUCCAAGCCAGUUUUCAUGGCUAAAGCUUCAUGCCCAGUUAUUCGUACCUGUUCUAGUUUCACAACAGUAAUCAAAUGCCCAGAAAGAGAAAAUAAUUUUGGUGUUCAUUUUGUUAACGGAUUCCUGUGUGGAAGGGUUAAUUCAAAGUCCAGUUAUCCAGGGGUUUGGGAAGAUCCUGAUUCUGGUAUUGACAGUGAAAACGAUGACGAUGGUUCAGAUGAUGAAAAAGUGGAAAUGGAGGAGAGUGACUGGGGAGAAGAACAAGUUCAUACUGAAGCUACUGCUAAUAAUGUGGAGGAAUUGUCAACGAGCAAGUACGAAGAAGAUCUUAUUAAAGAGGUAGAGCAGCUCUUGAGCCCAGAAGAAAGAGCAGUUUUGGAACAGAAUGAAGCUCCCAAUUUGGAGAAAAUAUCAACUGCGAAGUGGAACCCUCUCCAUACUUUUGCACUUGCUGGACAGAUUAAAUUUAUGGACGGCCUUCUUGAAAAUGGGUAUGAUAUCGACCUAGUUGAUAAGGAUGGCUUGACGGCUCUGCAUCAUGCAAUCAUUGGUAAAAGGGAGGCAGUCAUCAGUCAUCUUUUAAGAAAAGGUGCAAAUCCUCAAGCAAGGGAUCUGGAUGGUGCUGUACCGCUUCAUUAUGCUGUUCAAGUAGGAGCCUUGCAAACUGUCAAACUAUUAAUGAAAUACAAGGUUGAUGUUAAUGUUGCAGAUAAUGAAGGAUGGACUCCAUUGCAUGUGGCCAUGCAAACUAGAAACAGAGACAUAGUAAAGGUUUUGUUAGUCAAUGGUGCAGAGAAAACAAGAAGAAACAAGAACGGGAACACAGCCCUUGAUUUGAGCUUAUGUUAUGGGAAAGAUUUCAAGUCUUAUGACCUCUCUAAGUUACUCAAGCAAAUUCCAGCUAAUAGAGACUUAUGAGGUCUUUGGCAACUCAUUUGUUGGUUAAUCAUGUGUUACAUUUGCAAGUGAUGGUUUCACCUUUCCAAUUUUUAAGGGAGACAACAAUGAUCUAUCAAUCUCGACUACUGAGCUGAAUUAUCUCAUUUUCAACCACACAUUCAAGAUUGUGGUGAAUUUUGGCAGGAGAAAUGUUCAACAUAAUGUGUACCACAUGCAAAUAAUGCUUGUAUGGCAGUGCAAAUGAACUCGAAUUUAAUAUGGAGUUAGUUGUAAGAGGGUUCUAACCGUUGGUUAGAUCUAUAUAUUGGAUUGUAUAUGGACAGUAGUAGUUGGAGUGGGAGGCUCAAUCCCUCAUCUCAGAUUCCUUCCUUGGGUAGAGGAUGUAGUCGGCCCUUGCAUAUUAUUAUCAUAAAUGUGAGUAAUGUAUAAUGUCUUUUAGCUUUCCGCGUUCCACUUUUGUCCGACUCAUAAAGCUAGUGAUUUGUGAAUAAAAUAAAUAUGACCAAAAUUCUCUGCA